AUGAAGCACAUUGAGAAACUCAAUCUUACUGCUGGGACGCAGGUUACUGAAUUCAUUAUCAUGGGGAUCACCGAUAACCCUGGACUGCAGGCACCACUCUUCGGAAUCUUCCUCAUCAUAUACUUGGUCACAGUGAUUGGCAAUCUGGGCAUGAUUAUACUGACCUAUUUGGACUCCAAGCUCCACACCCCCAUGUAUUUUUUCCUUAGACAUUUGUCAGUUACUGAUCUUGGUUACUCUACUGCCAUUGGCCCAAAGAUGAUGGUCAAUUUUGUGGCAAACAAAAGUACUAUUUCCUACAAUUUGUGUGCCACCCAGCUGGCAUUCUUUGAGAUUUUCAUCAUCACUGAACUGUUUAUCCUAUCAGCAAUGGCCUAUGAUCGCUAUGUGGCCAUUUGCAAACCACUUGUAUACAUGGUUAUCAUGGAGGAGAAAGUGUGUUGGGUGUUGGUUCUUAUUCCUUAUCUCUAUAGCACAUUUGUGUCACUCUUGCUCACAGUUAAGCUAUUUUCAUUGUCAUUCUGUGGCUCUAACAUCAUCAGGUAUUUUUACUGUGACUGUCUCCCUCUCAUAUCCAUGCUCUGUUCAGACACUCAUGAAUUAGAAUUGAUCGUUUUGAUCUUCUCAGGCUGUAACUUGCUCUCCUCCCUCUUGAUUGUUCUGGUAUCCUAUAUGUUUAUUCUUGUAGCUAUCUUCAGAAUGAACACAACCCAGGGGAGGUACAAAGCCUUCUCCACCUGUAGCUCUCAUCUAACAGUAGUGGUAGUGUUCUAUGGGACAUUAUUGUUCAUUUAUCUGCAACCUAAAUCAAGCCACACCUUUGAUAUUGAUAAAAUGGCUUCUGUAUUUUAUACCCUAGUGAUCCCUAUGCUGAAUCCACUAAUUUACAGCCUACGGAACAAAGAAGUAAAAAAUGCACUGAAAAGAACUUUACUGAAUCUGAUUAAAAUGCACACAUGA